UGUUCAAAACGGAGGCCGGAAACGGAGAGGAGAGAGGAGCGUCGGGGGAUGGGGGGUGGGAGGCCGUAGCCAUGGCGACGAAGAAGUUGGCCAGGCAGCUUGGCAUUAUUAGAAGAAUUUCUAAAACAUCGCCUGGUGGCCAGAAUCAUGGCAAACCCAAACUGAGGCAGUUAUUUGACUACUUAGUAAUUAUUGAUUUUGAAUCUACGUGCUGGAAAGAAGGCAGAAAAUGCUACACUCAAGAAAUCAUUGAAUUUCCAGCAGUUCUAUUAAACACCUUGAAUGGAGAGAUUGAAUCUGAAUUCCACAUGUACGUGCAGCCUCAGGAACAUCCCAUUCUCUCUGAAUUUUGCACUGAGCUAACUGGCAUAAAACAGAACCAAGUUGAUGAAGGCGUCCCUCUUCAUAUAUGCCUGUCUCAGUUCUCUAAAUGGAUUCAAAAGAUGCAGAAGGAAAAAAACAUUGUUUUCAGUUCAGGUCAUUCUUCGGAAGGAAAAUUAUGUGCUUUUGUUACAUGGUCAGACUGGGACCUGGGUGUGUGUUUGCAAUACGAGUGUAAAAGAAAGCAGCUGAGAAAACCAGAUGUUUUAAACUCCUGGAUUGAUCUCCGGGCAACUUACAAGCUCUUUUACUGUCGGAAGCCACGUGGGCUAAAUGGUGCUUUGCAGGAUGUGGGGAUCAUAUUUGCAGGACGGGAGCAUUCUGGGCUGGAUGAUUCCCGGAAUACUGCCCGCCUUGCAUGGAAGAUGAUCUGUGAUGGGUGUGUGAUGAAAAUCACUAAAUCUUUGGAUAAGGUCAGUGGCUUUCCUUCUUGACAUAUGUGCCAAGAAGACAGUAAG